AUGGCAAUUGUGAACGUAGAAGAAAUGUCUAGAUUUGGAAGCAAAAAGGGAAGAAAAUUAACCUCACUAACUAGUAUUCAAAAAAAAGAAUUAUGCAAAUAUAAGAGAAAUAAUCCAUCCAAGUCGUAUAAAGAGAUUUGUAAGAAAUUUGGCAUUAGCAAAUCAACUGGUGAAUGGCCACAGAUGGAAGAAGCAUUGGCAAUUUGGGUAAAUCUUGCCAAUAAGACUAAUCAUACAUUAACCAGUAUGAUUUUGAGUCAAAAGGCAAUGCAAUUUGCUAGAAAGUUAAAUAUUUCUGAUUUUAAAUCCUCAAACAAAAGUAUCAAUUCUUUUCAUACUGAGAGUAACAGGCUGCUGGAUGUGAAUGUUCCUAAACUAAAUGCUUUAAAUGCAAUUAACUGGACCAUGCAAGCAUGGAAUAAUGUCACUGAUGACAUAAUAUAUUGCUAUUGGCAAAGAAUAGGUAUUUUGCCUGAUGAAGAAAUGGUCAAAUUAGAAAAUGAAUUGGAAAUGAGAAAAAUGCAGUUCAAUUACUUAUCAACCAAAUGA